CAUCGGCGCCGCGCAGGAAGGUUUAAAAAUGGCCAAGUUCGUGACUCCCGUGAUCCAGGACAACCCGUCCGGCUGGGGCCCCUGCGCGGUGCCCGAGCAGUUCAAGGAUAUGCCCUACCAGCCCUUCAGUAAAGGAGACCGCCUGGGAAAGGUUGCGGACUGGACGGGAGCCACGUACCAGGACAAGCGAUACACAAACAAGUACUCCUCGCAGUUUGGGGGCGGCAGCCAGUAUGCCUAUUUUCACGAGGAGGACGAGACUAGCUUCCAGUUGGUGGAUACGGCCCGGACGCAGAAAACGGCCUACCAGAGGAACCGUAUGCGAUUUGCACAGAGGAACCUUCGGAGGGACAAGGACCGUCGGAACAUGCUGCAGUUCAGCAUGCAGACGCUGCCAAAGAGUGCCAAGCAGAAGGAGAGAGAUCGUUUGCGUCUACAGAAGAAGUUUCAGAAGCAGUUUGGAGUGAGGCAGAAGUGGGACCAAAAAUCACAGCAGAAACCGCGCGACUCCUCUGUUGAAGUUCGCAGUGACUGGGAGGUGAAAGAAGAGAUGGACUUCCCKCGGCUGAUGAAGAUGCGCUACCUGGAGGUGUCGGAGCCCCAGGACAUAGAGUGCUGUGGAGCCUUGGAGUACUACGAUAAAGCCUUUGACCGCAUCACAACACGGAACGAGAAGCUGCUGAGGAGCAUUAAGCGCAUCUUCCACACGGUCACUACUACUGAUGACCCUGUUAUCCGAAAGCUGGCAAAGACCCAAGGAAAUGUGUUUGCCACRGAUGCCAUUCUGGCCACACUGAUGAGUUGCACUCGCUCUGUGUAUUCCUGGGAUAUCAUUGUCCAGAGAGUUGGAUCCAAGCUUUUCUUUGACAAGAGAGACAAUUCUGAUUUUGAUCUGCUGACAGUGAGUGAAACAGCUAAUGAACCUCCUCAGGAAGAGGGUAACUCAUUUAAUUCUCCACGCAACCUUGCCAUGGAGGCCACCUACAUCAACCACAACUUCUCCCAACAGUGUCUGAGAAUGGGAAAGGAAAAAUACAAGUUUCCCAACCCAAACCCCUUCGUGGAGGAUGACAUGGAUAAGAAUGAAGUAGCCUCUGUUGCAUACAGAUACCGAAGGUGGAAGCUGGGGGACGAUAUAGAUCUCAUUGUGCGCUGCGAACACGAUGGAGUGAUGACGGGAGCUAAUGGAGAAGUGUCUUUCAUCAACAUCAAAACGCUGAACGAGUGGGAUUCCAGGUUUUGCAACGGAGUCGACUGGCGCCAGAAGCUUGAUUCGCAGAGAGGAGCUGUAAUUGCCACAGAGCUGAAAAACAACAGCUACAAAUUAGCUCGUUGGACGUGUUGCGCGCUGCUGGCUGGAUCAGAAUAUCUUAAACUCGGGUAUGUAUCUCGCUACCACGUGAAGGACUCUGCCCGACACGUGAUCCUGGGCACCCAGCAGUUCAAGCCAAAUGAGUUUGCCAGCCAGAUCAACCUGAGCAUAGAGAAUGCCUGGGGCAUCCUGCGAUGCGUCAUUGACAUCUGCAUGAAACUAGACGAGGGCAAGUACCUCAUCCUCAAAGACCCCAACAAGCAGGUGAUCCGCAUCUACAGCUUGCCUGAUGGCACCUUCAGCUCUGAUGAAGAUGAGGAAGAUGAAGAGGAGGAGGAGGAAGAGGAAGUGGCUGAGGGCAAGGGACAAGUCCAGAACACUGACUAGGAGAAUGGAACUCGCCAAGGAGUGUCGCUUUAACUGUUGCCAGGAUGUGAUGUGAGGUGCUCAUCAAUUGCAGUCAAUCGUGGAUGCUGGCUGCUGUUGACAUCAGCAACAUUUUUUUUUUUUACAAUUUUAGAAAUGGGGGUGAUUACAAAAUGAAGCGUUAGAAAUGUGCUACUGCCUACCAUGAGCGAGACAAGUUGGUGAAUUAAUUUUAAGUGAAUAUCARGACGUUGGGGGAUCCCUUGUCUGAAAGCAUGUGUGUUUGGGAAGAGGCCUCCUCUCUACCUGUUCUGCUCUUUGCUGUCUAAAACAACUUGUAGUCCCUGAUAUGUGCAGUUUGGGUCAUUUGCUUUCUGUUCUCUGUGGGAAGCCAUUUGACUUGAUCUCUUGCUCCUGUGAUGUGGAAGAACAUCUUUCUGGUGCGUGCGCACUAUAUAAAACUAGGCUGUCUGGGUUUUUUUUUUUUUUAAUAUGGAAAUUUUCAAGUUCCUGUGUAAUCUGUUGGAGAAGGUAAGCUGUGUAACUCCCAAUUAUCUGUACGUGGCCUUGACUGAUAAACAGCUUGGCCCUGGGUGAGAAGGCCAGGCAAGCUGAGGGGGGAUGAAUUGCAUCUAACUGUCUGACUUUUUGGCUUUGGUUCUUGCUCUCUGCAGCAUUUUUUCAAGGAAGGGAAGAGGAUUUGGGUUUUCUAAGUGUGGGGAUGKUUUUUUGUUGUUUUCUUCUUUUUGGUUCCUUCUCCCCUACCUGUCCUUGCUCUGUAACUCUUCCU